AUGUUGCGCACACUGCAGCCCCAGAAUCGUGAUUGUUUGCGAGCUCGUUACGCACUUUCCGAUACACGCAAUUUGGUACAUGGUGCCGAUUCGGAGCAAACUGCCACCUAUGAAUUGAGUUUAUUUGCACCAUAUCCCAAACUUUGCCUGAAGAAUGUAAUACCGGAAAUUGUUUGUUGA